AUGGAACAACCAGGAGCUCCUGACCUACGAUCUGCCUUUCAAGCUAGGAAGGUUGGUGCGGGCCCUGUUGUGAAGAGGCUUAGGGUGGCAAAAAAGAGCACUCCUUCGGCGGGGAAUACCUCAAAGUCCCCAGCUAAGAGCAAGGACACGAGCUCAAGAGAUGCUCCCACCUCCUUAGGUCAUCAGCCAACUCUGUCCAUCCUGGCCAAAUGCCGCAAUAUAACUCAGGCUCAGACCAGAAACAAUGAGCUCCAGGCUGAGUUGGAUGCUGCUAGAGUCGCCUUGAAUGCUGCCAAGGAAAGUGAGGAGGUCGCCAAAGCUUCCCUGAUAGCUUCUCAAAAGAAUGAGCAAGCUGCCAAGGCUGCUCUCACCACCUCCCAAGAAAAUGAUCAGGUAGCAAAAACCGCAUUAUCUGCCUCACAAGCUCAGGCUGCUGAAGCUCAGGUCGAGAUUGGUGAGCUUAAAGCAAGAAUACUUGAGGCUGAGAUCAAAGCCAAGGAGGAAAGGGCGGCAUCAUCAUCAUCAUCAUCCAUGGAAGAGAUGUUAUACUAG